AUGAGUCAAUCCAGCGACGGCUUGCCCACGUGCCUCAUCUGCCUUGAGCCUCUGCGACCUGAAGAUUUCAAGAGUGGUGGGGCAAUCACCCUCAAGUGUCAGUGCCAAGGGAACACGGCGCUCAGGCAUCGCAGCUGCGCACAGGAAUGGGCCAGAGUCAAGGGCGACGUCAACUGCGACAUCUGCCACCAUCCCAUCACCAAUCUGCCUGCGCUGCCGCCGCCGCCGCCACCCCCGCCGCGACCUGAAAACUCCACAAGCAGACCCUUAGAGCGGCUGCGGCAGACAGAGAUGAAAGGACUCUGGUUCGCCGUACAUUACCCCAGGACGACCUUGCUGCUCACUGUCUUCUUCGUCUUGCUGGCCAGCACGCUGUUCUGGGCUGAGAUGGUGGCUUUGAACGGCUUCUUCGUGGGGCUGAUAGUCCUUGUCGGAUCCCCGACCAUGGUGGCCUUGCUUCUCAGGGUGAGCCGUUGGGACUAUGCCUCCCGCACAGGCACGCCGCCUUAUGCCCAGUACAUUUGA